CAACCAAGAUCAGAGCGCCGAGCAUGAAGCUCAACGCCACGGACCUGCGAUAUCUCGACGCCGAUGCGUUUCGGGUGCUAAAGGCCGUAGAGACAGGCUCAAUAACACACGAAGUGGUGCCUACGCGGCUCGUCGCACAGAUAUGCGGCCUCCAACACUCUGGGCUUACCAAAAUCAUGGGUGAUCUGGCCAAGCGAGGCCUCGUCGGACGAGAACGUAACAUCAAGUACGACGGGUAUCGCCUCACGUACGGAGGAUACGACUGGCUUGCCAUCAAGGCCAUGAGGGAUAACGGAAGCUUGCUCGGGGUCGGGACAAGGGUCGGCGUGGGAAAGGAGAGCGACAUCUACUUGGCCGAGUCGAUUGGCCCACCAGGUGACGACGAUGGGGAGAAAGGGGAAGGAGUCUCUCCGCCAGCGAGGACAGUAGUGCUCAAGAUGCAUCGUCUGGGACGAAUCUCGUUUCGCAAGAUCAAAGAAAAGCGAGAUUACCUGAGCAACAGAAAGACCUCGCCUAGCUGGAUGUUCCUCAGCCGCCUGGCUGCAAAGCGUGAAUGGGACUUCAUGCAGGCUCUCUUCCAACACGGGUUCCCUGUGCCCACGCCUCUGGCACAAUCCCGUCAUUCAAUCCUCAUGUCGCGCAUCGAUGGGUUCCCUCUACGGCAGAUAGUGGAUCUUCCCCAUGAACACGUGGCCUCCCUCUACGGUUCGCUCAUGACCCUCAUCGUUCGAUUGGCUCGGGCUGGUCUGAUACAUUGUGAUUUCAACGAGUUCAACAUCAUGGUGCGUGAGAUCAGAAGGGACGAUGACGGCAAAGAGAAUGCUGGAGUUGAGGACGAUUACGAUGGUGAUCGAAGCGUAUUUCAGCGAGGCCUGCGACUGCGAGGUCAAGAUCCGGAGGCAGAGCAAGAUUAUGUGCUCAGACCUGGCGAGUGCAUAGAGAGAGGCAAGGGCUUUGAGAGGAUUUACAGAGCCCCAGCGAUCCGCCACGAUGACGAUCGAAAUGAUGGCUUCCGGAGCGGUGACGACGAUGAAGACGGUAUAGACCAAGACAAGGGCGAGAGCGAAGACAGUUGGGAAGGAGAGGAGAGCGAUUCUGACGUCGGGGAUGGAGCUAAUAAUGAAGGCCUUCGAGUAAUUCUCAAGGACGGCUCUUUGAUCGAGCCUAUUCUCAUUGAUUUUCCUCAAAUGAUCAGCGUCGAGCACCCCAAUGCUGAAAAUUACUUUGACCGCGAUGUCGACGGAGUUCGUUCAUUCUUCGCCAGGCGUUUCCGCUUCCACUCCGACCGUUAUCCACGAUUCGCUGAUGUCGUCGAGUCGCAACGCGGCGAACGACGAGAGAAGAGAGACAAGCUCGUUUCUCGCAAAGUCAAGGCCGGUCUCGAGCUUACGAAUCGUGACAAAGGCAAUUUGGGCCUGGAAUUGGACGUUCUGACGAAAGCGAGCGGAUUGGGGGGCAAAGGCAAAGGCCAGAAUGUGCUGGACACGCAUCUCACAAGCCUCAAUAUAGCUCAGGACGAUGACGAGGACAUGGAAGAGGAGCAAAGAAGCGAACAUGAGGAAGCCGAAUUAGAGCGGCACGAGAGUGCAGAAUAUGCAGAAAGAUUAGAAGAGGUGGGACAAGAAGAUGACUUUGUCGAUGAACGAGGCGCUCUGAUCAAGAUGCGAAAGGACAAGAUUCCUUCGAAAGGAGCCGCUUUCAAAAUGGCUGCCGAUGGGGACGAGAGAGGCGUGCAACUUCGCCUGCUUUCAGAAAGUCAGCGUCGUCAACGUAAGGAUGAAAAGCACCAUGGCAAGAAGGCUCAAGCGACCAAAGUAGGCAGGCAAUGGCGAGGUGGCGGUGGCAAGGGGAAGACGAGCGACAGGGCCCUCAUCAAUAAUUCAGUGCAAUUCUAGACCAGCGUGGGCAACCAUCUGGCGAGGCGUGCUAAGGAAGCUGAGUAUUUAUACAACGUCGAAAAAGGCGCAGAUUGUAACCUGUGUGGCAGUGGCGAUGCCUCGUCCAUCCUUGAGCGGAGCAUGAGCGCAAAGAUGAGCGAAUCUUGCCGGCAUCUCGUCGAUGACCCUCUUGGCAUUGGCCGAUAGAUUCAGCUCGGAACCAAGAGGCGGCAGCGGCUCUACGCGUACUUUGGGUCUCGCAUGCCCCCACUGGUCAAAGACGAUGGCAAAGAUGAUGGCCAAGCGUGCUCC